CCCAAACGCAAAAUCGCAAAAUUGGAACGAUCAAAAUCUCUCAAAAUCUAUCUUCCCAGCGGAUCUUCUUCGAGAGCGUUGUUAAUCCCUAGCUGCUUACUCUUGUCGAUCUUCUGCUCCCCGAAACCCUAGACCCAUCUCGUCCCACUCUUACCUUAGCAAGCAUUUCGGAUCUCGCAUCGCCAUGCUGAUGAUUCCUUCCAAGGUCGCCGGCCAUACCCGGUUCUUGCUCGAGAGCUUUAAUGAUUCCGCCGAUGUCGACUCAAUCGCCCAAGAGAUUUAUCAGUUGGUUGACAAUGGAGUUGAGACUAGUAUUCCAGUUCUCAAGACAUGCCUAGAUUGUUUCACCGUCCGGAGAAGCCAGCCUAAUACGUUGCAGCUUGAGAAAGUAGUAUCCUUGGUGUUUAAACGUGUGAUGAAAAAGGCAAAUCUCGGAACCGUGAUUUCUCACGCAUUGAAUGAUGUUGAGGUCACUGAAGAAUUUGUGGUUGAUUUGACUAAUGCAUUGGACUUUUCACUCUCUGAGAAAAUUAUCUUUGGCCUUGCCCUGGCCGAUUUUGAAAGAUCUGAUGCAAAGACAAGUGGGCGAAACUUAUUAUUGACCGAGAUUGAGGAACUGUGUGCCAAUACUGGCCAAAUUGAGUCCACUGAGCAAAUUCAGAAUGUUCUUUUGUUUCUCCAAAACUCUGAGGACCUCUCCAGGCACUUGGAUUCCUUUAUACAGAUUAUGUCUUCUGCUCAACCUAGAGAUGACUUCUCUUUUGCUCUAACGCCUAUCCUUUCUCGAGAAGUUCACGAAGCUGAUGUUUUCAGGAGCAUGGAUUCUCGCUGUGAUCCUGCUGAAAACGAGAUCGAUGCUAUCUUAGCUGAAAUUGAUAAGGAAAUUUCUGUUGGAGAUCUCAUUGGAGAAUUAGGUUGUGGGUUCACUGCUGAUGCCCGCCAAUGCAAAGAGAUUUUGUCUAGUUUUGCACCAUUAACAGAGGCUACUAUCUCAAGAAUUCUUGGUAAUGUUGUUCGUACUUGUGCUGAUCUUGAAGAUCAUCACACCACCUUUUCAACAUUUAGUUCGGCCCUUGGAUGCUGCAUUCCUACUGAAGUUCCCACACCAAGGUCAUGGAAUGUUGACAUUCUAAUUGAAACCAUCAAGCAGCUUGCUCCUGGCACAAGCUGGAGGAAAGUAAUCGAGAAUCUCGACCAUGAUGGAUUUGACAUCCCUAAUAUGGAGUCUUUCUCGUUUUUCAUGCGGCUAUAUAAAACUGCCUGCAAGGAGCCGUUUCCUCUUGAUGCUGUAUGCACUUCUGUUUGGAAAAAUAAGAAAGGCCAAUUAUCUUUUCUUAAGCAUGCAAUAGGUGCCCCACCAGAUGUAUUCACCUUUACGCAUUCUCCAAGGAAGCUGGUAUAUAUCGAUAGUAACAUGCACAGCCAUGAGCAGCAAUUAGGACUUUCCAAUCAAGCAUGGCUAUCUCUCGAUCUCCUAGAUGUGCUAUGCCAACUGGCCGAGAGGGGUCAUACUGUUUUAGUUAGCUCGUUACUCCAGUAUCCACUCACACAUUGUCCUAGAACCUUGCUUCUUGGAAUGACACACAUCAAAACUGCCUAUAAUCUCAUCCAGCGAGAGGUGGUUUCUGUUAUUCUUCCAGUGAUAAUAACGAAUUCCCAGGAUAGUGGUUUUAUCCUUAAUCUCUGGCAUCAGAAUGCUGAACUCGUUCUGUGGGGAAUUUUAAAUGCCCAAAAUCUUAAAGCAGACAGCUUACUCAGAAUAAUUGAAAUCUGCCACGAGGUUAAGAUUCUCUCUGUGGUUUUAGAAUCAGUUCCAAUCUCAUUCAGCGUCAGAUUGGCAGUCCUUGCCUCACUGAGAGGCUUUUUGGAUAUUGAGAACUGGUUGCCCAACUGUCUAUAUGUAUAUAAGGACCUCUUUGCUGAGGAGUGUCUCAAAUUUGUCAAGAAUGUGCAUUUAAGCGAAUCAGAGGAUUUUACGUCCAAACAAUUUCAUCCUUCUGAUCCUUUAUCAGAUCUUCAUUUGGAUGCAACGACUUCACUUUUGAAAGUGUUGAAAGCUCAUGAUAAUGUGAUUACUUCAUCUCAACUGGUCGAAGAGAUAGAAAAGGUCAAUGCAGCAAUUUUGGAUUGUAAUACGAAACUGCAGAAUGGCGAGGCUAAAGAUUCAUCAGCUUCCAAUGCAUAUGGAGAUGAUGUUGAGGCAGAAGCAAACGCUUAUUUCCAUCAAAUGUUUUCUGGUCAGCUGAGUGUUGAUGCAAUGGUUCAAAUGCUUUCGCGAUACAAAGACUCUUUGGUUCAAAGGGAAAAAUCAAUUUUUGAAUGCAUGAUUGCUAAUCUGUUUGAGGAAUAUCGGUUUUUCCCCAAAUAUCCCGAGAGACAGCUGAAAAUAGCCUCCAUCCUCUUUGGUUCUGUUAUUAAGCACCAGCUUAUAAGUUCCCUCACACUGGGGAUGGCCCUGCGUCUAGUCUUGGAUUCUUUGCGUAAACCUGCAGAUUCAAAAAUGUUUCUGUUUGGAAGCAAAGCUUUGGAACAGUUCGUGAACCGUUUGGUUGAAUUGCCUCAGUACUGCAACCAUAUUUUGCAAAUAUCUCAUCUGCGUAGCACUCACCCUGAGUUAGUCACUGUUAUUGAACAAGCACUUUCAAGGAUAUCGUCUGGUAAUUUAGAAUCAGAUGCCUCUGUUUCACACCCUGGUCCCUCACAGCCUUUCCCUGGAAAUGGCGAGUUGAGCGGUUCUGGAAUUGGCCAAUCUGUACUACAUCUUCCUUCUACUGUUCAGCCUCAACAGAAAAAUGAAGUGCAUAUCGAUGACGGCAGCAAAAUGCCUAAUGUGCCAUCUAACGAGUCAAAGCCACUUCUGCCCUCGUCAUCUACGGCUUCCGCUGAUGUUUCUGUCAUUCCUAAGAAUCCGAGCAUUUCAACUUCUUCAUCAACGUCAGCUGGUAUUGUUCGUCCAGCACGUGGAGCCACUUCGACGAGGUUUGGCUCUGCUUUGAACAUAGAAACCCUGGUUGCAGCAGCUGAGAGAAGGGAAAACGCAAUUGAGGCUCCACCUUCAGAUGUUCAGGACAAAAUUUCUUUCAUUAUCAAUAAUAUAUCUACAGCGAACAUUGAAUCUAAAGGGAAAGAGUUUGCUGAGAUUUUGCCUCAAGAGUACUAUCCUUGGUUCGCACAGUAUAUGGUUAUGAAAAGAGCGAGCAUCGAGCCCAAUUUUCAUGAUUUGUACUUGAAGUUCCUGAACAAAGUUGAUUCCAAGCUGUUGUUUAAGGAGAUACUUCAAAAUACAUACGAAAAUUGCAAGGUCCUUUUGGGUUCAGAGCUCAUAAAGUCAAGCUCGGAAGAGCGAUCUCUGCUUAAAAAUUUAGGCAGCUGGCUGGGUAAGUUGACCAUAGGAAGGAAUUAUGUUUUAAGGGCGCGAGAAAUAGAUCCAAAAUCAUUGAUUGUGGAGGCAUAUGAAAAAGGGUUGAUGAUAGCAGUCAUUCCAUUCACUUCAAAGGUUCUGGAGCCAUGCCAAAACAGUAUUGCGUAUCAGCCUCCCAAUCCUUGGACGAUGGCUAUUCUCGGGUUGCUUGCUGAGAUCUAUUCAAUGCCAAACCUAAAAAUGAAUCUGAAGUUUGACAUUGAGGUGUUAUUCAAGAACCUUGGUGUUGAUCUGAAAGAAGUAGCGCCGACUUCCCUUCUAAAGGAUCGAAAGAGAGAAAUAGAUGGGAAUCCUGAUUUUAGUAACAAAGAUCUUGGAGUAACACAUAUAUCUCAACCACAGAUGAUUCCAGAGCCUAAAACAAUUUCGCCCCUUAAGCAAAUAGACCUACCUCUUGAUGUCGCAAAUUCACCUAACACAGACGCUCCCUCAAAGUUAUUACCACAGUAUGUAUCCCCUCAACGUGUUUAUACUAAUACUUUGAUGGAAGACGAAAAAGUGGCAACUCUAGGCUUGUCUGAUCAACUCUCAUCACCUCAAGGACUGUUUCAGUCAACUCCAUCCCCAUCGUUUUCUAUUAGCCAGCAGCUUUCAGCAGCACUUCCCAACAUUGGAAAUCUUGUUGUUAUCAAUCAGAAAUUAAGUGCAUUUGGUAUGCACUUUCCGUUUCAGAGAGUGGUACCACUUGCCAUGGACAGAGCUAUUAAGGAGAUUGUGUCUGGUAUUGUUCAGCGAAGUGUUUGUAUUGCAUGCCAAACAACAAAAGAGCUUGUGCUGAAGGAUUAUGCCAUGGAACCAGAUGAGACACGUAUAUAUAAUGCAGCUCAUUUGAUGGUUGCGAGUUUAGCUGGGAGUUUGGCACAUGUGACAUGCAAGGAACCCCUGCGUACUUCUAUAUCAGGUCAUCUACGGAAUUCGCUCCAGAAUCUGAGCAUUGCAAAUGAAGCUCUUGAACAAAUUGUGCAACUUGUCACCAAUGACAACCUUGAUUUGGGAUGUGCGGCCAUUGAACAGGCGGCUACGGAGAAGGCAAUACAAACUAUUGAUGCGGACAUUGCCCAGCAAUUGUUACUACGGAGAAAGCCUAGAGAUGGUGCUGGAUCCUCUCAUUUUGAUCCAAACAUGCUAUCGCAAAAUUCUGUCAGUUUUAUACCAGAGUCCCUCCGCCCAAAACCGGGACAACUGUCCCUGUCUCAGCAGCGAGUUUAUGAGGAUUUUGUUCAACUUCCUUGGCAAAAGCAGUCGGCCCAAACUUCACACAGUGUGUCUGCUGCUUCAAGCUCAUCUGGCGAUGUUGGGCUUGUCAGUGGUUAUGGUCCAGUAUCAGCCAAAAUUGCGUCUGAGUUUUUGUCUAGUGCUGGAAACGUUCGGAUGGAUAUGGUAUCCCGGCCAUCAGAUAUUCCUGUGGAGGGUUUUGAAUCUUCUACAGUUUCACUUUUGAGCUCACAAGUUGAUCCAGCUGGUGACACAGCCGGCCUUCAAUUCUCUAAAUCCCUUUCGACUUCUGAAUUGAGCCUGGUUGAAUCCUCUGACGCUGCUAUGAAAGAAACUGGAACAUCAUUGCAGACAUUGACUCCAGCUGCCACCGUGGAUCGUCUUGGUGGAAAUAAUAUCACACAGCCUUCUCUGUCCACGAGAGAUGCACUGGACAAGUAUGAAAUUGUUACUCAGAAGAUGGAGGACUUGGUGGUUAAUAAUGCAGGGGAUGAUGAAAUUCAGGCUGUAGUUUCUGAAGUUCCUGAAAUCAUACUUAGAUGUAUAAGCAGAGAGGAAGCAGCUUUGGCUGUCGCUCAAAAGGCUUUCAAGGCUCUUUAUGAGAAUGCAUCAAGUAACCUUCACGUCAGUGCUAACCUUGCAAUUCUUGUGGCUAUUCGUGAUGUUUGCAAGCGUGUCGUUAAGGAAGUCACUAGUUGGGUGAUUUAUUCAGAGGAGGAGCGGAAGCUCAACAAAGAUAUAACAAUCGGUCUUAUCCAACGAGAGUUGCUUAAUCUAGCGGAGUACAACGUCCACAUGGCAAAGCAUCUUGAUGGAGGGAGAAACAAGAGCGCCACUGACUUUGCAAUUUCUCUACUCCAAUCCUUGGUCACUGAGGAGUCGAGUGUCAUUUCAGAGCUCCACAGUCUUGUUGAUGCGCUGGCAAAGCUUGCCUCAAAAUCUGGAUCUCCUGAGUCAUUGCAACAGCUAAUUGACGUCAUACGAAAUCCUGUUACUAACCCAGCUGGUCUCUCUGAUAGUGCAACCGGAAAUGAGAAUAAUGAUAGGCAAUCAAAGGAUGAAAAGGUUGUGUGCAAUACCACCGCUAACUCAGACGAGAAUACCGGCUCGGAAUAUGUGGAAUCAGAUCCUGCGGGUUUCCGGAAUCGGGUGUCCACGCUUUUUAAAAACUGGUAUCAAAUCUGCGAAGUUUCCGGUGCCAAUGAAACCGCUUGUUCACAAUACGUCUUGCAUUUGCAUCAGACUGGACUACUUAAGGGAGAUGAUACAACAGAGAGUUUUUUUCGAAUUCUUCUGGAACUCUCGGUUGCUCAUUGUAUAUCUUCUGAAGAAUUUAGUUCUGGAGCUGUGCAAUCUCCUCAGCAAGCUCAGGGUCCAUCAUUUCUUAUCAUCGAUAUUUAUGCAAAGCUUGUUUUUUCAAUAUUGAAGUACUUCCCUGAACAAGAGUCUACCAGCAAGUUAUUUCUUCUUUCGGAGAUCAUGGCUGUCACUGUGAGAUCUAUUCAAAAGGACGCAGAAGAUAAAAAGACAGCACUGAAUCCAAGACCAUAUUUUAGAUUGUUCAUCAACUGGCUACUAGACUUAUGUUCCCUGGAUCCUGGGACUGAUGGCGCAAACUUUCAGGUUCUGACAUCUUUUGCCAAUGCAUUCCACGCGUUGCAGCCUCUUAAGAUUCCCGCUUUCAGCUUUGCAUGGCUAGAGCUGGUCAGCCACAGAAGCUUCAUGCCCAAACUACUUACAGUUAAUGGCCAGAAGGGUUGGCCAUAUGUUCAACGCCUGCUGGUGGACUUGCUCCAGUUUCUUGAGCCAUUUUUGAGAAAUGCUGAACUCGGAGGACCGGUUCAUUUCCUAUACAAAGGGACAUUGCGAGUGUUGCUGGUGCUGCUUCAUGACUUCCCGGAGUUCCUCUGUGAUUAUCAUUUUACUUUCUGUGAUGUGAUUCCUUCAAGUUGCAUACAAAUGCGAAAUAUUAUUCUCAGUUCUUUUCCGCGGAACAUGAGGCUUCCAGAUCCUUCAACACCAAACCUAAAGAUUGAUUUGUUGCCUGAGAUCGUAGAAGCUCCUUGUAUACUUUCUGAGGUUGAUGCUGCGUUAAAAGCAAAGCAAAUGAAGAAUGAUGUGGACGAAUAUCUGACGUCGAGGCAACAGAGUUCAACUUUCCUAAGUGAGUUGAAGCAGAAGCUGCUUCUCUCGUCCAGCGAGGCUAGUUCAGCUGGAACCCGCUACAGUGUACCAUUAAUCAACUCGCUUGUGCUAUAUACUGGAAUGCAGGCUAUCCAGCAGCUACAAGCGGGUGAGACACAGGCUCAGAAUGUGGUGGCCUUGCAGAUGUUCAAGUAUUUAAGUAUGGAGCUUGAUACGGAAGGGCGGUACCUGUUCCUUAAUGCAAUCGCCAAUCAGCUUCGAUAUCCCAACAACCACACUCAUUACUUCUCCUUCAUCAUGCUGUAUCUCUUCUUCGAGUCUGACCAGGAGAUCAUACAGGAGCAAAUAACAAGAGUGUUGUUGGAGCGGUUAAUUGUGAACCGGCCGCAUCCAUGGGGACUCUUAAUCACAUUCAUUGAGCUCAUCAAGAAUCCAAGAUAUGGCUUCUGGAAACAAGCCUUUAUCAGGUGUGCGCCUGAGAUUGAGAAACUCUUUGAAUCGGUUGCCCGAUCCUGUGGUAAUCUCAAGCCCGUUGACGAGGGAAUGGUCUCUGGUUGGGUCUCCGACAACUCUCAUUAGUUCAAAUUUGUAUUUGUAUCUGUGUUGUGUAACAUUACAGUAGAGAUUUCCAGGAUUAAUUUAGCUCUCUAUUCAUCUUAAGAUUCAUCAUAUAUAAACUUGUUCUUUAAUUACAAAACAAGCUCCUUUCACUACA